UAGUGUAGUUUAAUUAAAAUGGCAAUCCGGAGAUGAAGCAUAAAUAAAGGUUUUUUGAGGCGGGAAAAUAACAAACAAGAUGGCAGAUCCGUCAGACGUAGAUAAAUUGCUGGAAAAUGUGGAACAAUUUGUCAACGAUGAAAAUAAAAUAGUGACUUACGAAUUUCUCAGCCAAAAUUGUGGAAUUCAUGUGAACCUGGCAAAGACUGUUUUAGAAAAAUAUGUUGAAGAGUUGAAAAAGAAGAAGAAUGAUUUACUACACCAGGUUGUGUAUAGCCUGGCUGGAUAUGUUGACAAAAAUAUUAGAUGUCUGCUCGUCAAAGAUACAAAUCUCGAAGAAACAAAAUUAAAGCUAGAUAAAAUCAUUUCACUUCAUGUCUACAGUGUUCAGAAAGGAAAGUUGGACAAUCUUAGUCUUUUGUACAAUAGCAACCUUACUGAAUUUAACAAAAGCAUUCAGCAAUGUUGUAGCCAAAGUGGCAUUAGCUGCCCUGCAGCAAAAUUGAAACCUCGUGCAGAAUUGGCCAUCAAUAAUACUACUGAAGUAAAAAAAAAUGUAGAACCAAUAAAGCCUGAAUACUCUUUGUUGAAGAAAGAGGAAGAAAACCUGGAUGCUUGCAACUCAAAACCAGGAACACAUACUGAAACCCACCCCCAAGAACCUUUAAAAGCAAAGGAAAAGGCUUCUAGCAACAAGUUAUCGAUGAAAAAACCAGUUGGAAAGCCAGCAAUUGCAGCAUUUUUUGCUAACCAGCAAGCAAUAGGAAGGGUUAAUCCUGUCAAGGAAGAAAAGAAAGAAGCUCCCGAGGAAAUAAAAAAAUCAGUAAACGGCAAAAGGGUGGUUCGCGAGCCCAGCGAUGACGAAAGUGAGAAUAAAGAUAUUAACGUAGACGCCAUAAAAGCCACCAAGAGGUUCAAACUGUCGGAAGAAGUAAAACCCGUAAAAUCUAACGCAACCAAAACACAAAAAGUUGCAAGGAAAGCGAAACGAGGGAGCAAAACUUCGGAGAAAACGCAACGCAAAAGGAUCCAGCAGUUUUCGGAUUCUGAGUCUAGCGGUGAUGAUGAAGAGGAGCAGGACAUUGUUCUUUCUCUCCCAGAGAUACCAACACAAAUGCCGGCUCCGAUGUCCGAAGACGACGAUGAUGUUUUGAACGCUACGGUUAUUGAACCCAGUGAUAAUCCUAAACGUAAUAGAAAACUGGUGACCAAGACUUACAUGGAUAAAGAUGGCUUUGUGGUUACGAAGCGAGAGUUUGAAACUUGUGAAGAAGAAGAAAUACCUGAUCCUACUCCUGAAGUUAAAGAAAAGGAAAAAUCUAAAGAGAUUCCCAAAGCAGAUACGCAGCCAAAAACCAAACACCCAUCUCCUCCUGGCAAAACCAAGCAAAAGUCGAUCACUAGCUUUUUUACGCGUAAAUAGCCCCACUUUUUGGCCCAUCAGUGAAAAUUCAAAUUCUAUCGGAUACAUCAUGUAA